GGGACCGGGCCGGGGCGGCGCGGGGCAUGCCGGGAGCGGGGGGCUGAGGGGCGGCCGGGGUCCCGUCCGGCCUCCCCCGCUCUUGCGCGGGGCGAGCUCCCCGCUUCCAGCCCUGCCGCUUCCCCGCACGGCCACCCCUCGGCGCGGGGCGUGAGACUCCCGGGAGGCUGCGGGAAGGGGCCGUGAGGGUCUCUCUCUCUCUCUCUCUCUCGCCGCCCCGCGCCUGUGAGGCGCUCCGUCUGAGGUGGCGGGCGCCGCGGGACCCCGCGAAGCACGGCGCGGCUCCCGCAGGCUGAACGGCGGGCGCCGGCGGGCGGGGCCGCCGCCGUUGCCUGGUUGCGGCAGGCCCGGCCUUCCCUUCCCCGCCGCUCCGCUCCGCUGCCGGCCGCCGCGCAGGGAUGAAGGCCGCCGACUGGUGCCUGAGCUCGGCGGGGGCUGCCCUCGUCCUGGCCACCUCCAGCGACGAGCAGCACCCCGCCGAGAACGUCGCGGACGGGACGGUUAUAGAUGGAAAGCUGCAGGUGGGGCUUUUGUCCUGUUCUCUCCACAGAAGUUCAGAAACGUUUUGGACGACAACAGGCAUGUUCCCACAGGAGUUCAUUAUUGGUUUUCCUAAAUGUGUAAAAAUCAGCAAAGUCGCAAUCCAGUGUUAUUUGGUGCGGACCUUAAGGAUUGAAAGAAGUGUAUCUAAAGACCCAGUAGGUUUUGAGCAGUGUAUUGAAAAAGAUUUGCAACACACAGAAGGACAGCUUCAAAUGGAAGAAUUUCCACUUCCUGAUUUCCAAGCCACUUACUUGCGUUUCAUCAUCAAAUCUGCCUUUGAUCAUUUUGUAUCAGUGCACCGGGUGAUGGCAGAGGGCACAGCAGAAGACACUUAAGUCCAGCUUAAAUUUAUACCUCAAUUUUUUUUAUAAAGAAGUUACAUUUUGAUAUCUGUAGUGCAGAGAAUAUUUAUUAUUAAAAUCGUGCAUUAAAGUGUUUUUUGAAGGUAUGUAUUCCCCACCAGUUUAAUGUAUGUAAUAGAAUGGAAUCAUUUAGGUUGAAAAAGACUUUUAAGAUCAUCGAGUCGAACCGCAGUGCAGUACUCGAUAAUUGUAGUAACAGCUUUCUAGUUUUAUAACCUAGACUGUUACCCUAGAACACUUGAACAUAACUGAGUCCAUUUAAAUUAAUAUGUUUAUAUCAGGCUUUCUUAAUACAUGAAUUAAAACUCGAUUUCCUGUAAAA